CAGAAGAUACGAUAAGAUUUUGCCCGGCAUCGAAAGAUAUAAGAAGGUCGCGACAUCCCCCAUCAUCAACCGUCUUUCUUUCUAUUCCUCAUCACUUUCAUCAGCAUCUUCCGCUACAGUCUCUCUUUACCAAUCCAACUACUCACAUUCUUUAACCCUGGUGGUUAUUCAUUCAUUUUUUUACAACACAUAUCCAACUCUUCCAACUUUACGUGUUUUCUAAACCAACCAACCACAUCUCAAAAUGAAGUUCUCCGCUGUCAUCGCCGCCAUCUCGGCCACCGCUGCCUUCGCCGCCCCCGGCUCCGAGUCCAGCCCCAACAACUUCGGCGCCAUCGAGAAGCGUGCUUCCUUCCCCAUCCCCGCCUCCAAGGGAACCGUCACCUACAAGGCCGCCCAGAAGGUCUCUGGCACCUUCGACGGUGGUCUCAAGACCUACGGCCGUGGCGUCAAGUGCACUGGCCAGGCUGAGGGUGGCGACAAGGACGCCGUCUUCAUCCUCGCCAACGGCGCCACCCUCAAGAACGCCAUCAUCGGUGCCGACCAGAUCGAGGGUGUCCACUGCCAGGGCUCCUGCACCAUCCAGAACGUCUGGUGGACUGCUGUCUGCGAGGACGCUCUCUCCCUGAAGGGCGACGGCAACGCCAGCGUCAUUGGCGGUGGUGCCCGCGGCGCCUCCGACAAGGUCAUCCAGCACAACGGUCUCGGCACCGUCACCAUCGACGGCUUCACCGUUGUCGACUUCGGCAAGCUGUACCGCUCGUGCGGUAACUGCAAGACCAUGGGCAAGCGCUCCGUCGUUGUCAAGAACGUCAAGGCCUACAACGGCAAGAUGCUCACCGGCAUCAACUCCAACAAGGGUGACACCUCCACCAUCACCGGCACCUGCGCCACCUCCGUCAAGGAGAUCUGCACCGAGUUCCAGGGCACCACCCCCGGCAACGAGCCCAAGAAGCUCCGCACCGGUGCCAGCUCCGCUUGCAAGUACUCCACCCUCAAGGCCUGCUAAGCGGCUCGCUCGAGCUGUUGGUUUUCUGGGGCUCCGGUCUUGGUCGCCGGCGCAGCUUGCUGCCUAGGCGGUCGUGCAAAACCCGCACUCAGUCUCUGAAAGAUCGCGAGUGAACUUCGUUUUUGGUUUAAAGAGAACGGAGGGAAGAAACCACAACCACUUCUUUUCUGUGGUGUGUAAGCUGAUGCGCAUCACUUGGCCUCUUGGCCUUUCAAUGUACAUAUGGACAUGGGGAGCAUGUACCUACAAUAUAAUCCUCAUGACUUCA